GAAAACAUACAACAACCGGCUUUAAAUAAAAAUAUUCAUCGCCAACCGCUGCUGCUGGUUGGUAUUUGUCUUUUGAGACUCCUAUAGUUCAGAAGUGUUUUAGCUCUUGUCUUGAAAAGAAAAGCAGUGCGCUAAAGAAUUUAUUAAGAAAAUAAUAAAAUAAAAUAUUCAAAGUGCAUUUAAUUAACAUAUGCUUAAAAAAAAUAUUGUUAUUGUGCAAAAUAAUUUAAACAAACAAGAAACACGUAUAAGAAAGAUUCAAAGUAUUUAUCUGUUGCUAUUCAGCACAAUUUAGAUAAAUACAGGAAUAAAAAAAAAGAUAGGUACUAGUGGAAGAGAAAAUAAAAACAAAAAAGAAUAAACUUUUUUUGUUGUUCGUACAAAUAAACAAAGGCUCAUAAUUUUGAUAAUAGUUCCCUUAAUUAUACCGCAUUCAUUUAUUUUUGUACAACCAAGUGGUCUUUUGUGAAAGUUAUUUUACAAUAACCGAAUUCUCAUUUUUGUGAGGAAAGAGAAAGAAUUUGGUAAAAAAAAAACAACAACAUUAAAAAGAUACAGAUACAGAACAACGAAAAGUUGAAGCUUCAAGGAAAAGUAGUUUACAUCUUUUUUUUUUGUUGGAUUUUCAACACCGAGUGUUUUAAUACCAUAAACGGACUUUAAAUAUAAUCGUCCAGUCCAAAUGACGAUGAACCGGUCGAACAGUUUUGUAAAUUCAUUUAAAUGGUGGCCCAUACAAAGUAGCAACAACAAUAAUACCAAUAGUAGUAAUAAUAACAGCAACAAUCAUAAUAAUAAUAAUAAUAACAAUAAUUCACAAAAAAACUUCACAUUUGGUAGUUCGGUGGCAGUGCAGAAGCUUCGAGAAUCCAAAUGGUUUCGAGUGGAUGAACGAAGAAUAUUUUGUGCUGUUGUUGAAUGUGGAUUCUUGGUUGAGGUGAGGUCGCAAAAUCACGAUGAAAACGAUCAAUCCUGGUUCGGCGUGGUGAUAUGUAAAACUACCAAAGAUAACAAGCCAAAACCUGAAACCAUAGAGAUAUUUUCUGUGAAAAUACGUGAAAAUGGUACAUUUAGAUUGUUUAAAUUAAACUUAGAAGAUAUUUGGAAAAACGGAUGGGAAUUACGUAUAAAUAAUUUUUCUGAUAAGGAAAAGUUACCACACAACGAAAAAGACAUUCGAAAUCAGGUAGCUUUUGCCCGCAAAGCUAAACAAAGUCUUUGGCAUAAUAACAAACAUUUCGCAUAUUGGUGCCGUUACGGAAGCCGACAACAGGAUGUCAGAAAACGCCAGAUGUCAGAAUGUGUGAAAUGGGGAAGUGUUGGAAUGAAUGCCGGGAUGCUGCUUAUAAUGAACAAACAAAAAUCUAAUUCAACAUCAAAAUGAUUUAAGCUUAAGUAAUACUGCGCGGCAUGAAUCAAAACAAGCAAACAAAAAACCAUAUUGUGGAUUAAAUAUCACAAACGGUACCUAAACUUUUCAUAUAUGAAAUUAAAAUUAGACUUGAAAUCAAAAAUUAUAGAAACAGAAAAAAUAUACAUAGAUCUUCAUAAAAUACAUAGUUUUAGUAUACACAGUGGAGAUGUAUAGUGAUAGGCAAGAAUUGACUUUCAUAAGUGUUUAUAGUUCAAAAAUGCCAACAUUUGUAUUCAAUCUAGAAAAAUAGUUUCACUACUUCAUAAAAAUACUUUCCAAAAAAAACACAUUAAUACACAAUUAGAUUUAUUGUGAAAGUUCGAUACCUGGAAUUAUUCUAAUUUUCAUUAAAAAAUAAAAAUACAUUUAUAUGUAUUUUUUAAAACGAUAUUUUGAGAAAGAAGGCAGAAAUAUAUGUGAAUAUAAAAAGACUUAUUUUUUCUUUGUUGUUAAUAGAGUUACUAUUUUGUAAAAUUUAAGAUUUUUUUAUAUUUAAUUUAAAAAACAAAAUAUUAGUAAGGUUAAACUUUAUGAAUAUAAAUUUAUAUUUUAUAUUAUAUUCUUAUACUAUUUGGAUUGAAUAGAUGUAAGAAAAAUAGUUACACGAGGAA